UUGCCAUCAUGCGUCCCUCCACUAUUCUACUUGCUCUCGUCUUCCCUUCAUCGAUUUUGGCAACAAAUCAUUUCAGUGGCCUUGCUGUUUCGAACUCCGUUGGAGGCACUGGGUCAUAUACAUGCAGAACACAAGCGCAGUGGAAUCAGCUUGCCAGUGAUGCGAGGAAUAACGGCUUCGCUGCGGUCAGAAUAGAAGGAUUUGAUUGCGAUGCUCUCGACAUGGUCAGCUCUGCUGCGGCUGCUGUGGGAAUUGAGGUCCUUGUGGGGAUUUAUGUCUCCGGGACAAUCGCUGAUGGGAUGAUUGGGAUAAACAACGAUGUUCAAACUUUCCUAGCAGCCUACAGGAAAUAUGGGGCGGGCCUUUAUGUGGGUCUUACCAUUGGCAACGAGGUGAAUGACAGCGCUGGAAAUAUAAUGGCGAAGGUGUAUGAUGUUCGGGGUUACUUGCGUUCUGUGGGCGUCACUACACCGGUAAGCAGCGUACACAUCUGGGCCUUCAUCCGAGAUAACCCGGAGAUGUGUGGUGCAGACUUUGGCGCCGCCAACGCCCAUGCUUUCUAUGACCCCCCUUCUACAUCUGCUGAUGCCGGCUCAUUCAUUCUCAACACGGUCGUCCCGGCUGUGAAAACUGCCUGCGGCAGCAAUAGCUUCAUCAUCGCUGAAUCCGGAUGGCCGUCGCGUGGCUCACCCGUUGGAGCCGGUAUACCCUCCCUUGACGAUGAGAUGACGGCUUUGAAAAACCUCAACUGUGCCGCUUCCACUGCCUCUAUUUACGCCUUUGAGUAUGAUGAUCAACUCUGGAAGGGCACAGAAGCUGACCAAAGCUUUGGUAUUUUUGGAAAGAUAAAUUUCGGGGCUGACUUCUCUGCCUGCUAGCGCGCUUGUGCCAAAGAUUGUAUUCCAAGCUUGUAUCCUGUAGCGCUUAUGCACACAC